AUGCUUCCAGGAGUUGAAUGUGCUAGAAAGAGACGGUUGCAUCAAAGCGAAGGAAAAGAAGGACCUGUUGAUUCCACAACAAGACGCUCAUUCUGUUUAUACACAAGAAACCUUCAAUCUACUUCUUCCUCAUCAAAACCUUCUUUACCGGAAAAAAGCAUGUUAAAGCAGAAACAGACUUUGAUCGAUGAGAAACUCGGAGGAUCCGCCAUAGAAGCCAAACGGAGAUUAGAUGAGAAGCUUACAGCAUGUAUGAAGUCAGAUGAAAAUCAACGGCAGAAAAGGAAAAGUAUUUUUCAUGGUUUAUUGCAGCAAUUCAAAUCUUAA